AAGUGCACUGAGGGUCUGUAUAUGAUCAAGCAAUUAAUAUUGUCUGUAUGUCUAUAUGUUAAUUUGGAAGAUGAACAAUCAUUAAGAGGAGGAAAAUUUUGAUCUGUCAUGUUUAGGAAUAAGGAGAGUUUUUUCAUCCCUCAAUUUUUUUGGAUUGAACCAUGGAGCAAGUGUAAUGUUUUACACAGAGACAGACACUAUACCUAAAAUGGUUUUAGCAGUUAAAGUGACUUGUUCUGAUGGAAACCCUUUCUACAUCCUACACUGGAGUUUCUGAAGGAGCUACAGAGCUUUUCAUCUUGUUUAAUCUGUACUGAUCCCACUCCUUAGGACCAUUUCCAAGGAUUUUCCUGUUGUUUACAAACCAAGGACCACAAUGGCCCCUAAAAGGGUUCGCUUUCAAGAUCUUAACGAAUGUCAUGAAGUGACUGAUAACUGCAUAGACAUGGACAGAUUGAAUCACAAUGUUCCAGAGCAUGGCCGCCAGACUCACCAGGUCUUACAGAGCACACCACUGGACCUGAUUGAAACAGGCAAGACUCUCAAAGUCCAGGCAGAACGACCCCAUCUUGUCAGCCUGGGAAGUGGCCGUCUGAGUACAGCUAUAACCCUGCUGCCUCUACCAGAGGGGAAGACUACACUUGGUCAUGGGAACACAGACAUUAAUAUUCAGGGACCGGGUGUCACUGCUCAGCAUUGCUACAUUGAAAAUGUGGGGGGAACCAUCACUCUGUACCCCUGUGGAAAUCAGUGCUCAAUGGAUGGCUUAGCAGUUACCAAACCUGUCAGACUCACACAAGGGUGUAUGCUGUGUUUUGGUCAGUCAUCCUUUUUCCGCUUUAACCACCCAGAGGAGGCCCUCAGGAUGAAGAGUUUGAUGCCAGGUGGAAGCCCUGGAUUUACCAGUACUUACAAGAACCAUACAGAAAACCAUGGGCAGCUCAAUGGAAACCACCUUCCUUUGCAUGAGCAACCUCGUCCUGGACACGGCACUCUUGUGCGCAAUAUUGAGAAGGAUCUUCAGGACAUUAUGAGUUCUCUGACUAUGGAUGAAGGCCAGACUUCCUCAUCUGAGCAAUGCAAAAAAGCCCGUCACCCCAUUCCACAGUCUGCCAUGCUCAACGGGAGCGGCCACAGUCUUGUCUCCCCUCCAACCAGUCCUGGUACUUUGUCCGUAAGCUCCAGCUAUGAAAAUGCCAGUCCUCCUUUCUCCCCCCUGUCCACUCCCUCUGUGGUUAGCAGUCCAGGGGCUAGUGUGGACUCCACUAAUACCCGUUCCAGCAGCUACACCCACAUCGCUCAAGCCCCUGUGCCACAGCCACGCACUUUUGCAUCCAAAGCCAGCAGUUCCAACGGAGGGCUAAAGGAUCAAGAAAGUCCCAGGCUUCAAAAACCCUUGAUUGAAACCCCCUCAAGCCCUGCUGCAAACCGUAGAGGCGAGAGUCCGCACCUGUCCCAUGGUUCCUCUUCUGGGUCUGUCUCAUUUACAUCUGGAGAUUUAGGCAGACAGGUCAAUGCUAGACUCACCUCCUCGUCCUCACCAGGAUCUUCUAGCCCUAGAUCCAGUGUUGGCUCAUCAGUCCAAGAAAAUUCUUCUAGUCCUCAGUCCCAUUCACGUGCACUUCUUCCUCCAGACAGUCCCCAGUCAUCCCGCCGUGGUGUCGAGCCAUCCAGCAUGCGUGAACUUCCUCCUCUCAGCCCCUCCACCACACGCAGAGGUGUCCUUGGGGUGCCAGUUCUCCCUGGAGCUCUGCCUGGCAUUCCUUUGACCUCUCGUGGCCGGACUGUACCAGAAAGCCCUCGUCUUCACCGACGAGCCACAGCUGAGGAAGAAGUAGGAAAUAGAUUGCAUGCCAGAAGUCCGUCUCCCUCAUCUGCUCUUUUGAAGGACCAGCCUGGUGGUAAGCAGAAGGGGGGUCUCACCCCAGCUCUAGGCUCUCAGACAGGUGUGUCUCCUCUCACCAGUCCCCGUAACCAGAGAAAGAACCCCAGGGAGCCUCGGCAGGUUCAGCCACGCACACGGGAGCGCAAGAACAGCAUUUCAGAGGUCAGCGACAAAGAGGAAGACCUACUGGAGUACCAUCGCUGGCAGAGAGAGGAGAGGAUGCGUGAGCAGGAAAUGGAGAGGCUGGAAAGGCAGAGGCUUGAGACCAUCCUGAAUUUGUGUGCUGAGUAUAAUAAGAGCGACCCUCCGGUUGACGUAGACGCAGGGAGGGCGUGUCAGUUUCCAGGGAUGGAGGAGGUCUCUGUUCGGCGACCCGGCCCUGACCCUGUGAGCAUGCCGGGCCAGAGCUCUCACAGACUGAGAGAGAGCGAGGAGGAGAACCUGAAAGAGGAGUGUAGCAGCACAGAGAGCCAGCACCAGGAGCAUGAAGAUUCUUCAGUGCUGGGGCAGCAGGAGAGAGCGUUUCUGGAGGAAGAGCGGCUCAGGGUUAUGGCACGGGUGGACGAACUGAAGACUCGUGUCACUGACCUGGAACAGCAGAUACAGGAGUCCAGACAAGAGGCAGAGAUGGAGAGGGCAUUACUGCAGGGGGAACGCAGGGCGGAGCUUGAUCAAGUGGAGGCAGAAUUGGAGAUCAUCAAUCAACUUCAGCUGAAACUGAAUGAAGUGGAAAAUUCGACUCAGAGGGAGAAAGAGAAGGAGAGAGCAAAAGUCUCAGCUGAGCGGGAUGUCCUGGCCAGGCUGAGGGAUUCGUACAGUGAGCUGAAGGGCCAGCUUCAUAAAUGCCCCGAAUCACUGAGGGAGCACUUACAGGAACAACUGACCAGGAAGGUGGAGGCACUGGAGUCGGCCACUAAGCGCUUUGAGGAUUUGGAAUUCCGCCAGUUGGAGAGAGAGAGUGGCAUAGAGGAGGAGAAGGAGACGGUCAGCAGGCAGCUGUUGCAAGACAAGGCAGAGUAUCACCGCAGUGUGGCCAAAAGGAAGGAGAAAAUGGCAGCUCUGGAGAUCCAGGCUAACCAACUUGGACUUCAGGCAGCUCAGGAUUGUGAAAGGAUGGCUAAAGAUCGAACUCUGGCCCUACACAUGCUCCAGAAGGAAAAGGAGAGACUGAUUGAUCUAGAGAAGAGAUACCAGAGCCUGACCGGCGGAAAGACUUUCUCCAAGCCUGCCAGCACGAAGGAGGAAGUGCUUUACAUCAAUGAACCUGACCUUUUAGAUGAUCUCCCUACCCAGAAUUCUCUGCUCCCCUCGUCUUGUUGUCAAAGAUCCACCCCUCAGAUAUAUUCUAACAGACCACAGGAGGAGUACCUCAAACUCUCUGAUGUAUAUAAGAUGUAUGGGAACGGAUGUAUCCCCGCCCAGACUGCCUUCCCUAACGCUCUUUGUCUACCGCUGGCUGUAACAUCAGACGCACCUCGUGAGGAGUAUGUGACAGUCAGUCAGUUAAACCAGCUGUUCGGGAUGCCCAAAGUUGACCCCUCCCCCACAUCUUCAGUCCAAUCAUUCCAAGCUAUUGUCGCUGACCCUGUUCACUCCAGCCAGUGUGGCUCCUCCCAGUCACUUCCCGUUGAGACCCAGCCAGCAUGGAGUAGGCCUUCAAUCCCCAGGCUAGAUUCAGAGCGCUGGUACCAGGAAAUUAUGGCAGCUGGGGAGCCCAGCCAUGCAUGUCCCCCCCCUCUGCCAGCUAAGUGUAUCUCCUCACGUAAACCUAUGCAGAUCUAUAAGCAGGAUGGAGAACUGGGACAGACCAACGGCACCUUUACACCCCCGCCUUCCAGCAUGACCACAUCAGGCAGAAACACGCCUACCAAAAGUCUCCCAGAUCUGUCUCCUGCUUAUUUGGACUUGGACUCCAAGAGACAGUUGGAUCUACAGGGCAGAGGGCUCUACACAUGUGAUGAUUCCAGAGUCAGGCCUACGGAUCCUAAACAGAGCCACUGGGGGGCACCACAGGGCUCUCACUCCCCUUUCCCACCUUCAGGUGCUCCCAUGGUACACCACUCCAUUCUGCACCACCAAGCACCCCCAGCUGGAGAGUCAACGUAUGACACUCUGAGUUUGGAGAGCUCUGAUAGCGUGGAGACCAGCGUAUCUACUGGCAACAACUCCGCCUGUUCACCUGAAAGCAAUGGGUUGGCAGGACUGAGGCUGGAGGAGAUGGAGAAGAUGUUGAAGGAGGCCCAGCAGGAGAAAGCCAGACUGGUGGAGAGUCGAGAGAGGGAAGUCCAGGCACGAAAGCAGAUGUUGGAGGCUGAGAGGAGGCGGCGAGAGGAGGUGGAGAGGAGGCUGCAGGAUGAGACUGCGCACAGGCAGAGACUUGUGGAGGAAGAGGUCAAGCUGAGAGAGAAACAGUGCUCCCAGGCUCGUCCAAUGACUCGCUACCUGCCUAUUCGGAAAGAGGAGUUUGACCUGCGUUCUCAUGUGGAGUCGUCAGGCCACUGCGUGGACACAUGUGCAUAUGUCAUUGUUACAGAGAAAAUGUGCAAGGGCCAUCUUGUGAAGAUGGGCGGCAAGAUCAAAUCCUGAAAACGCUGGUUUGUCUUUGAUCGACUUAAAAGGACCUUUUCUUAUUACAUAGAUAAACAUGAGACCAAACUGAAAGGUGUCAUCUACUUCCAAGCCAUAGAAGAGGUGUAUUACGAUCACCUGCGCAGCGCAACUAAGAGUCCGAAUCCUUCGCUAACCUUUUGCGUGAAGACUCACGAUCGACUUUAUUUCAUGGUGGCUCCGUCCCCAGAGGCCAUGCGCAUUUGGAUGGACGUCAUAGUAACGGGUGCCGAGGGCUACACGCAGUUUAUGACCUGAGGGAGAGCGGAUGCAAUUCUGCCUGCAGUGAUCUUAGACAGGCAGGACUCAUUUAACAGGACGUGUAACAUAUGCGAAAGUGUGUUUCAAAAACUUCAGGCAGCACUGACUGAUUUCUUUGUCAUCGUGACAGGAGAAGAACUGGAUGCAGGCUGGCCUGAUGACGACGUGUUAUUGUGCAACCGAUGGUCAGAUUUUAUGUUACUAAAAAGAGUAGCUGAAAAAUAUAUAUAUUAUAUAUAUAGGUGGAACGAGUGAGAAUGUUUGUCUCUGUAUCGUUGUAAAACAGAGACAGGAGACAGAGCUUACAGUAUUUUACGGCAUUUUAAAUCAAUCAUAUGCUCAGUACUUUUUAUUUUAAAUAUCUCUAUGGUGCCAAGUCUUCAGGUGUAUAUACAUCAAUAUAUUACCAACACUUAGUACUUUUUUUUAGUUAUUUAGGUGCAGUUAUAUGAUUACAAUGAGAUUAAACUUAAUAGUACGUGAUAGCAGUCAUAAUCUCUUUUAGCUGCAAAGGCAGAGUUCACAUUUUGAAUUGCUAUGAAAGAUUACCGCAUUUCAUGUGCUGUCAUGUAUAAUGUUUUUCCUGCAGAGAUUAUUAAACAAACGGCUCAGGUGCUCAGACAUGUAACUAAAAACUCUAUGCCUGCUACCUGAUUUGUAACUUUAUCAUACAAGAUUAUUUGGUAGGGGACCAGUGCAGUAAAUAUUUUUGUUUUUGAGAUCUUGGUACUUUUGUGCCGACAGGUUUCGUGUUGCCAAAGCUUCACCCGUGUUGAUAUGUGUUACUCUGACUUGCACAUCUUUUGUUUCAGGGUUUUAAAAAAAUGUGUGGAUGUGCCACUAUGAUUUAUAAUCAGAUAUUUUGUGUAUUGUGCUAUUCAGAUUAUUGGUAUCCUCUGUAAUGAGACGAA